AGAUUCUCAAAACAGCUGCCUCAUCAACAGUACUGCUCUCGAACACGACAUCAUGAACAUUGUUCUGAGGAAAUCAGAAUCUGAUUCUGAAUAAACAUGAUAUAAAAAACUAACAAUCUUUGUACGACGUGACGCAGAGAGACGUAUUGUGUAGUGGACGUCGCACAGGGUUGGCUACCCCGGGCCAAAAGAUGGGGGUGCCGAAAGAGGCGUGGCUGAAUCAAAACCGGCCUCCGACGAUAGGAAUAAGCGCUUGCGCGAUGUCUUCGUCGCGACCGCAACGAAGUACGAGGAUAGAAACAGCGUGCACGACUUCUGCUGGUGAAAACCUAGAAUGUAGCAGUGCCAAAAAUAUGGUAAAACAAUGCAGCGUUCUACUAGAAGACGCGAGACCUUCUGCUGUGAACCCAGAACGAGAUCCGCCAGGCCGUUAUCCCAGUCGCUGGUUUACGAAAACGACGAGCCCUGUCCUCGAGUCAUCUUCAAGUCAGAAUAGUUGCAGAAGUAAAGAAACAUCUUUGGCUUUGGUACCACAAGAGCAAUCACAUAGUAGCUCUUCUCGCUCAACUCGUAGUAGUUUCUUUCGUCGGCCGGCAAUAGAUUUCGGUGUCUGCGAAGUGAAAAAACAGGCAUCGACGUUAUUCUGUAGCCUCGUCUCAACCUCCGCAUCAACUUGUACUGACUUAUUGCUCGGCGAAGGAAAGAACGCAUUAUCUAGUACUACUACAAAACGAACCCUCGCCACUACUGUUCGCAGCCAAAAAGAAUCAGCCGCGACUACAAAAACGAGGCCUAGGAUGAACUUUUUUCUUUCGCAGCUAGUAGUAGUACGGGCACUCUGCUCAGCAGCACUUCUAGUACUUCUAGCUUUGCCUCUCGGCGUUUCUGCCGCGGAUUGGUAUGUACUUUUUGCGGGAGACCUUCCGGUGUACAUGUCCGUUGUCUGUCGAAUACGUUGGCUGCUCAUCUCGGGUGGUGUUGACAAAGACAAGGUACGCAGACGUUCUCGAAUUAUCCUAUCAAACUUGGAUUUCGUACUCUUGACACCGAACGAUCUCCGUUAUGUUUUGGGACAGAAGUUCAGUUUGUUGUUGAAUCUACCUCCACAAAUCACAGUACCAAAAAGCAAACAAUCUUCUUUUUUUUCCACCUCUAUUUUGUAAAUACUCCACCACGACCUCCACAGAUCCUCACAUUCGGCGGUUCUCUUCGAAAUUAUCCAGUAUAUCCGGACUUAGCUGCGCCAGACGCCUUUUGCGAGGCUGACUACGGGGUUGGGAGUGAAAAGGUGACUCAAGCGUUGAUAUUUCAGGUUUUGACAGGAAGUUAUGACCCUGGUGUGGCGACGCCAAAAAUUCUUCAGAGCACUGCGACCGACAACAUCCUCAUGUAUUUCGCAGGUGACACCGGCUUCGACGUGGUUCGCCUUGAUGGAAGCAAGAACGUCCUUUACGGGUAUUGUCAUGCUGAAAUUUUCUCAUUUCCUGAUGAGGUACGAGAGGUUGGGGGUACUACCAUGCUUUGAAUUGGUGCAUGUUUGAUUCUUUGAUUGUUCUUUUGAUCGCCUGCGUACUAAGCAGACUUCCUUAGGGUAACUGGAAAAUAGGCACGCGAUUGAUUUUGAAUGCAAGUAACUUGUGGAGAAAUUAAAGGUUAACGAGAGAGAGCUGAAAAAUUCUAGGGAAACGACGAUCAGGUAUGAAUUGUUCCAGACUUUGAUGGGCAGCAGUGUGCAGUUUCGAAAUCUGCGGCUUUUUGUAGACGGAACGCACUACGGCGACACUUUUAUGAAGGGCGCGAUCGCAGGUGCUUCUACUUGGAACAACACUACCGGAAAAAAUAUUCGUGUAGUCGCUUCCAGCAAGGGAAACGCCGACUCCACAGCAGCCUACGCCUGUUAUUGCGAUCCGAAUUUCGACGUAAAAGAUGCUGUCAGCCGCUACCGCAACCUACACGACAUAGAUGAUCGUACUAUACAUUUUUCUGGGUUGCUUUAAAUAAAUCUAGUAAAAACAUCAUGAUGCUUCUGGAAUAGCCUUAAGUUUAUAUGCCUAUUUGAGUAUUUGUAUCUCAAUGCACAUAAAGUAAAUUAGCCGGCUGAAAAUUUCCCUCGAUGGUUCGGAGAUCGUUAGUACUCCCUAUUAUUUGCAAAAUAGUUGUAUUUCAAUGUUUCCAAGUAACGAAAAAAGCAGAUUGAAAGUCGACUUUUUCUAUACUAAACAAACAGCGGGAAGCAACGAGGACUUGCAUCACUGCCUGUCAACGCGCUUUGGCCUGGCUUUCGCGACCACCUUUACAGGUUCAGGAGGCACCUUCGCCCAGCACCUGGCCGCAGUAAAAGCAAAGGACGCACAGCUCUCUGCAGCAAUUUCAGAAUUAGAAUACUAUGGGAGACCACUAGCUGAGAUAGCUUUUUUGGACUACUACCCGACUCUGAAGUUCUUGAGUAGCACUCGUACUUGACUGCAGUAAGGCAAAGGACCUGGGAACACUCCUUUGUUGCUAAAUACCGGAGUUCAUUAACAACCAGACUUUAGUACUGCAUUUUCAUAGCACGACUAGACGAGUCAGAUGUUGUUCUUCGUCCGCGUGAAGUAAGAAGCAAAGAAUUACAAAGAUAUUCAUGCCAUAUAAUUUUAGCCACCAUCUAACAAGGACAACUAGGACAACUUUUUAGAUGUAAUAUGAAUCCUGAUUCACGAUCUAAUGAGUCGGCGUCUUCCCGGAAAACUCGAAUGGGUUGUACAAUUCGUAUUGUGUGGGGAACGCGACGACGGCUACUGGCCCAGCGGACUGCACAGCCUCGAACUUCUACACGGCUAUGCCGUUUGCCGGACGAACCGUCUCGGCAAGCUCACCGCAGCCUUCCUUCGGAAGCGCAACUUGUCCGAGUCUAGUGUCAGAAGAAGUUUUAUGAAGAUCAUAACUCCCGAUGUUCUGGUCGCUGUGAAUUUGUGAAGAUUGAUAUCAUUUCACAGACCAAGGUAGCGCGACGGCGAAAAUGUAUCAUGUACAACUGUACAGCAAGCAUAGGAUUCUCACUACAGCAUAGCUUUGCUUUUCUCGCGUAGAUGCGUGGCCUGAACAUAAUACCCCCGCUUUUCGUUCUCUGUGUCCGUCGUCACAAAGCCCCCUUUCAUGGUUCCUUGGCGGCCUGUACUUCGAUAGAACGGUGCGAAGAAAUGACAACGACGCAUUGUUGGCGUUGCUAUCGCAGCGUGUAGCCAACGAAACCAAAUUUGCAGCAGCUAUUACCGCGCAUCCGUGCACGGCUACAGGCUGCAACAACAACGAUGUGGUUGUAGUAUGGCAAACUCGAAUACUUCUAUAUUCGUAACUGCUCGUAGGUUGCUUUUUACGAAGCUUCUCUGUGAUAACCAUCGCUUCUUGGGCAACAGUGUACCCUUGCAACAGGAACACUAUUUUGCUUGACUGAUGAUAGUGAGUAUAAUCUUCGGUCUUCGACAGAAGUUGUGCUAGAAGCAGAGUAAGAUUUAAUACUUGAAGGCCUACAUAAGAAUAAGUUUCUUGUGCCUUGAAGGCCUAAAUGAUGAUUAAUACUUGAAGGAAAGUGAAAUGCAACGUCUUGUGUCCGGAAAUGUGAAUGACGUUUUGUAUGCGCCGCUAAGUAUCGAUACAGCCGAUGAAAAUACGUGCUACGGUUUGGUUCUGGGAGUCGGACCGACUGAGGAAAGAGGUAAGGAAAAUUAGCGUCAAAAAACGUUAGAAGUCUUCAUUUACAGAAGCUUAUAUUUGAGCGAAGAAACACAAACUGACUCACGUCUUAGAAUAUUUAUAAUAAACUGCAAGAGAAACUCGAUUCUAAAUGCACAUCUUCUCCAUUUGAAAUUAAAGCAGGUUUUAGCGCGUGGACAUUGAAAGUGUGGUCUCCUGUACUUGCAAAUAUGUGCACGACUGCUGCGUUGUCUGGCACUGCAGCCUUGCGUUAUGAUGAACUUGCUUACAAUUGAGUCUAGUACCCUGAAAAAUCCUAUCUCUCUAAUUCGAAAACGAUUCAGAAGCAGAAUUGUCGUGAUGUACCUAACAUAAUGAGGUUCGCAGAUGAACACCCUGCUCGCCUCAUGUUUUAAAAGGAGGAGUACUUCAUACAAAAUAAUACCGACGACGACGACGACCACCUUCUUUGACUUUUCUAAUAAUCAACUGCUUUGCGGACAAGCUUAUUGAAUAUGCUAACGGAUCCACCCGCGCCCGCGGCAGGAAAGAAUGAGGGAAAUGCAGCAGAAGCGUUUUGGCUAGCCCUAUGCGGAAUUCUCAUCUUAUGGAGAAAAUCUAUUUGAUGAUAGCAUUGCUAAUUAGGAUCUUGUUCUAGGAGGUCUCAAGUACUCUCGCAAAAAUUCCAGUUAUCACAGGAGCGGUUUUGAUUCUUAAGCUCAACCUCAACCUUAACCUUGUAGUGCACGAAUCAAUGAACAUCAAUUACGCGUCCCGUCUUGUUUCUAGUUGUGCAGUGCUCUAAUGACUUCGACUUGCCUAUUCUUCGGUUUUCAAGCGUUUGACAAGCGGGUGAUGGCGGACGCGGAGGAAAUGAAGGUACUAGAUAUACUGAUAUAAUUUGAGUAUCUACUUCGUGAAGUAUUACUAUUUUUUUAAAGUAUGAGUGUAAUUUUUUCCCAUUUCUCGUCCUUUCACCAUGCAUCUUCAUAAGAACAAGAAAAUGUUACAAGAGGUGAAUACGAUAAAGUCUAAGUCGAGAAGUAUAUCGAGCUUCAAAAAUAACAGGCAAUCAAGGAUAAGGAGCAGAGUAAAGCAGCUGGAAAACUGCUCCUUCAGGAGCACGAUAGGGCUCAUGCCUCACCUCACUGAGCAGCAGAUUAGGUGAUAAAUUAUCUGGUGUCGUGUCUGGUGACGACAUUUGGUUCAGUGGAUGCCACUCGCAAGUGUCGUCAUUCGGAUACUUAUUUAGAGUGGUCUGUGAGUAUCCUCGUCCUACUAGAAGUAGCUACUUCCUAAUAUUAACCUGAUCACCUUUAUAUAUUGUAGUUACCGGCGCCGCACUGUUUUUUAUACCGAGAAAUGUUGAUAUGCUGCAGUUGAUGAGAUGAUAGAAAUUGAUUUUUACAUGCUGGUGAGGAAAAAUCACAAGAGAAUCCGUCUGUAGUUUUCACUUCUUUCGUCCCAAAUUUAUCUAAGCUUUUGUCGUAAGAUUAUCAAUAUUACCGUUACCGACGUCUGUUAAUUAUUGUUUUCAACUUGUAGUAUGAGAAUGACAAUGGCGGGAAAAGUGCAAAAUGGUGCUUCACUGCUAAUUGCCUGCAAGGUUGUUACGUUCUUUCACGUUUUCUUAUCAAGAGUUCUACUCAAUUAUACACGUUUCCUCGACUGUAUUUGUGUUAUCUGAUACAACAUCAAUGUUAAAUCGUUUCAAAUGUAGUUUCCGCUGUUUAUUUUACGAUAAUCAGUGAAGAUUGCCAAGUUUGUUGCUGUUAGUAAGCCCCAUUAUAGAAGAGUAGCUGCUGGAACAAAUAAAUUCAACUUGCCUGUGUAGAUCGAUAACGGUACUUACCUAAGAAAUUCAUCAUUCAUGAUCGCUUAUCUUACAAUAAGGAUCAAGUGAGCGUGUCACUCCGAGUCAAAUUAAGGUACUUUUUUCAGACCUGGCUGCUGCUCCACUGCACGUUAACCAGCAUCUGAAACACUAAGGCCAUAUACUUCUUCCUCACAACCUUAACCCAACAUUUGAUCGAAACUUCUCCGCCUUUUACACGGAUAUGAAAAGCCACUUUCGAUUUAGAAAAGUGAGAUGGAAGGUACUCCUCAAAGCCACCCCUAGUCGGAUUCUCUCCGGAAGACGCUGUCGAUUCGGCGCAAAG